AUGUUGGUGCACACUUACUCAGCUAUGGAACGCCCCGACGGGCUGGGCGCAGCGGCUGGCGGGGCCCGCUUGUCGUCUCUGCCCCAAGCAGCGUACGGGCCGGCGCCGCCGCUCUGCCACACGCCGGCCGCUGCCACCGCCGCUGACUUCCAGCCGCCCUACUUCCCGCCGCCCUACCCGCAGCCACCACUGCCCUACGGCCAGGCGCCCGACGCCGCAGCUACAUUUCCGCACCUGGCAGGGGACCCUUAUGGCGGCCUGGCGCCCCUGGCGCAGCCCCAGCCUCCACAGGCCGCCUGGGCCGCGCCCCGCGCCUCCGCCCGCUCCCACGACGAGCCGCCGGGUCUUCUGGCUCCGCCCGCCCGAGCCCUGGGCCUGGACCCGCGCCGCGACUAUGCCGCCGCUGUGCCGCGGCUCCUGCACGGCCUGGCCGACGGCGCGCACGGCCUGGCCGAUGCGCCUCUUGGUCUCCCCGGGCUGGCGGCGCCGCCAGGCCUGGAGGACCUGCAGGCCAUGGAUGAGCCGGGAAUGAGCCUCCUGGACCAGUCUGUGAUCAAGAAAGUCCCCAUCCCCUCCAAAGGCAGCAGUCUCUCGGUCCUCUCACUGGCCAAAGACAGCCUGGUUGGUGGCAUCACAAACCCUGGUGAGGUCUUCUGCUCUGUGCCUGGCCGGCUCUCGCUGCUCAGCUCAACGUCCAAGUACAAGGUGACGGUGGGGGAGGUGCAGCGGCGACUCUCGCCUCCUGAGUGCCUCAACGCCUCCCUCCUGGGCGGUGUCCUCCGCAGGGCCAAGUCCAAGAAUGGGGGCCGGUGCCUGCGUGAACGGCUGGAGAAGAUUGGGCUCAACCUGCCAGCAGGACGGCGCAAGGCUGCCAAUGUGACGCUGCUGACUUCACUGGUGGAGGGAGAGGCUGUGCACCUGGCCCGAGACUUCGGAUAUGUCUGUGAGACCGAGUUCCCUGCCAAGGCAGCUGCCGAAUACCUCUGCCGACAACACGCUGACCCUGGGGAACUGCACAGCCGAAAAAGCAUGCUGCUGGCAGCCAAGUGA